AUGGAGGAGGGUUAUGGUGGUAUUGUGCCGCUGGGUUUUUAUGAAAAUCAGCUGCUGGGUUCUAACGGAAUGCCGCUGGGUUUUCGGUUUCAUCCGACCGAUCAGGAAUUGAUCAGUUUCUUCCUUUACAACAGAUUCCUCCACACAGAGUACUGCGAGAAUUUAAUCUACGAGUUCGACCUCUUCGGCAAGACUCCACCGUGGGUGGUUUGGGAGAAUUUCGGUGGACCGGGACUUGAAGAUCAAGAUUUGUACUUCUUCUGCCAACUCAAGCCUAGAAGCCAGGCGCGCAUCAAACGUGAAAUUGACGCCGGAGGUACGUGGAGCGAAUCCAAUUCCAAGCCGGUAAAGGAUUUGCAGAAUGAAAAAGCUAUUGGGAAAAAGAGGAAUUUGCGGUAUGAGAAAGAAGGGUGUGAGCAUGACGGUGAAUGGCUCUUGGAAGAGUACAGCAUUCUUCCUAGUGUAUUUGGUGGCGCUGAUGACUCCGAUCACGAAAUUGGGAAGGUAGUUCUCUGCCGACUUAAAAAGAAUUCUAGGAGCGGAAACAAGAAGAAUUUUUCGAAUUCAACCCAACAAGUGAACGAGCAGCCGGCGAAAAAGAGAGCAAGAAAAGAAGUCAAGGAGAAGCCGGCGAAAAAGAGAUCAAGAAAAGAAGUCAAAGAGAAGCCAGCAAAAACAAAGGCAACAAACAAAGUGGGUUCGCAAAAUACUACUAGCGUAAUCACCCAUACCAUUGAGGAACUACAAAACUGCCCUAGUACUAGCAGUGCUCCCUUCCUGCCCUUCGAUGAAAGCAAUUACAAGAUGAUUAGUGACGCUAUUAAUCAUGAUCAGCAGUGCAUAAGCAACAUUGACGGUAGUACGAUGCUUGCAAAUUUUUCCGGUCAUGAUUAUGUGCCGAAAAGCUUGGUCAGCGAAGGUGAUGAUUCGCUUUUGAAGGAUGAAGAUUUACUUUUUGAUAACGGUGAAGAUAUGUUUUUUGACCUCGACGAUUUGUUCGCACCAUUAGACUGUGAAUCUGCGUGGUCACAAGAGAAGCUGCCUCAGAUUGACGAAACUCAAGUGCCUUUGCCGUUGGAUGGGAUGAAUUGUUGGAACGAUUGUUUGUGGAUGGGCAAUUGUGUUCAGUGA